AUAUAGCUUCAACGGCUGAAGCGCUGAUACCACGCCUAUAGUACCGUGCUGGGACUAACAGAUCUAGUACAGCCAACUUCAAACCUACUCUACUUCGCCGCAUUGAUGGCUCCAACUAGGCACGAGCGCUUCUACUUCGACGAUGGGAACGUCGUCUUCCUAGUCGAGGAGACGCUGUUCAAUGUCCACCGUUACUUCCUCAAGCGAGAGUCUCCUUUCUUCCAGGAGAUGUUCAGCAUGAAGUCAGACGAGGGGCGUACGGAUGACAAUCCGAUCUUGCUUGAGGGCACGAAGAGUCAGGAAUUCGCGUGCCUGUUAGCGUGCUUGUAUCCACGCACCGUUGGAAAGGUCGACGAAAUGCUAGCCACGGAAUGGGCUCUUGUCCUCGACUUCGCUAUCAAGUGGCAGUUCAACGACAUCCGCGACCUUGCCGUGGAGCAGCUGAAGUACGUCCACACGUAUUCGCCCACGCUCGCGUUGCAGAUCGCCUCCGCGCGCAAGCAUGGCAUGGACGGAUGGUACUUCCACGCGGUCGUGAAGAUGUGCGAGCGCGGCCGCGCCAUCACUCCCGCAGAGGCCGAGCAACUGGGUUUGACGGAGACUGUCCGGAUCUCGGCGAUCAGGCAUAAGCUGCACUCUGGUGGUGGCCGUCCUUCGUUAUACGCGCCGAGUCAGUCUAUUAGCGUCGACAGUGACCAGAAACACGACAUCGCGUCGGAGCUCGGGCUAUCCCGCACGUUGGCCUCGCCGGUGCCGAUUGGAUUGGCUUGCAACUUAGUUUUCUCAAUAACACCACCUCCACCGUCCAUUUAUGAUUGAACUGCCCAUCCGACACGUACUAUCACUGAAACAGGCUCAAUGCCCUCGCAAGUACAUCACGUACAAUGGCAUGCUCAAUCCUAAAGAGGUGCCCAGUCAGAC